GCUCUCCUCUCGGCUCUCGGCUCUCGACUCUCGACUCUCGGCGAUCUCGUCGUUCUGCGAAGGUCGGAACUGCUCUCCGACGAACACGAACGGGCACAGCUGCGAGGGUCCUUCCCUUCGAUUUUUAUUGCGGUGAUCUCAUUCCUUUCUUUUUUCUCUUGUUUCGUUUCGCUUGGUUCUUCAUCCGUCGAAAUUUUGAUUAGGGUUCAGAAUUUUUGUUGGUCUUGGGGUUCUUUUAAUCGAUUCUUGGUUGUCGACUUUCUUGUGGGAAGAUCGAUCUUUCUGGUUUUCUCGAUCGUUUUUCGUCACCUAGCCAGUCUCGUUCUGGUUUCGAUUGGAAAAUAUGUCUUCUUCGCGUUCUAGGCGUGUGGAGUACGACCGCUUCAUCCCGUUCCGGUCGGCGAUGGACAUGGACUACGCACGCUUUGCCCUAACCGGGCCUUCGAGACCGCAGCGUGAUGGUUCGAGGGAAUCCCCAUCGAGCGUGGCGUACCAAAAGCUUCUUGAUGACUGCAUUUUGAAGAACAGGUCUCGUAUCCUCGCUUUCAAGACUGCACCUGAAGCGCCGGCCAGCAUGCUGCCCCAGUUUGACGAGCCCAUUCGGCCGCAGAAGAAGCAGCAGAGGCGAAUCCCUAAAGAACCAGAGAGGGUUUUGGUAAUCCACGGCUUGUUGGAUGAUAAUGUUUUGAAUCUCCUCGACUGGGGAAGCAAUAAUGUGUUGACGAUUGGCCUUGAGGACGCAGUGUAUCUCUGGGACGCUGCAAACGAGUCGACUAAGCUUCUACAACCCGUAGAAGACAGAGGACCUAUCACUUGCAUCCGCUGGUCGCCAGACUGUGCAGUUCUUGCUGUCGCAUUUGGCAAUUCAGAUUUAUCCCUGAUUGAUCCAGCAACAGGACAUGUCGUGGAUGGGAUGGAAGAUGAGAACCAGGCCCCUGUGUUGUCACUUGCGUGGAGAAGUAAUUCAAUCUUGACAGUCGGAAGAUUUGAUGGCACUGUUGUUGAUUAUGACUUUAGAAAGGAUGACAUGUUCAUCUGUUUCUAUAAUGGGCAUCGGCGUGGAGUUUGUAGUCUUAAAUGGUCCGUGUUGUCAGGGCGGUAUUUGGCGAGUGGAGGGCAGGACAAACUAGUGCACAUAUGGGAUGCCUGCAUGCCUGUCUCACGUGACCAUCCACGUCAACGUCAAUGGCUUCACAGGAUCAGUAGCCACAUUUCCAUUGUGAAGGCCGUUGACUGGUGCCCAACUCGGAGCAACCUGCUGGCUUCUGGUGGAGGUUGCAAUGAUCAUUGCGUUAAGUUUUGGAACACCGUUAACAGUGCUUGCUUGAACUCGAUUGAUGCUGGCUCUGAAGUUUGUGCAUUGCUAUGGGACAAAAACAAAUCUGAAUUACUGACCUCCCAUGGUUCGCCGAACAAUCAACUCACCUUGUGGAAUUACCCAUCCAUGACGAGAGUGGCUGAGGUUUCCGGUCAUUCAUCCCGGGUUCUUUCCUUGGCUGGGAGUCCACUGGGAGGUGUAGUAGCUUCUGCAGCAGCAGAUGAGACAGUCAAGUUUUGGAAUAUCUUUGAGACUCCCAAAAUAACAAAACCUGAACUGCCCUUUGCCCAAUUUAAUGUCAUCAUAAGAUGAAAAGGUGGAUAGGUGGAAAUGAUUAAGAUUCCAAAUGGAAGACUUCUCUAGUGCUUGGCAUGAAGAUCUGUUGUUGGUAACAUUGCGAUGGGAAGUUUCGUGGUGUCAAAGAGGCAGUACAUUUUCAUACAAGCGCAUGGAUUCGAGAUCUUCAAAUAUGAGCGCAACCGCCUAAGAUUUCUUAUGAUAUUCAAUAUGGCCUUGAUAUCACAUGAAGACAUCACAUUGCACACCUAGAAGAGUGUUUGACAAUCGAGAGAUCAAUGCAUUAUAAGAGGCUAAUGCGGUGGAGAUUGAUGAUCCUCAGAAAGCUCCAGAGCUUGAUCGAGACAAACAAGAAGCUGCAGUGAAGCUCAUGGCCAACGGUGCGUGCACCCUUUGCAACACGGGGAAGG